AUGGAGAUGCGGUUGAGCGGCGUGAUGAUCCGGCAAUUCAGUCGAGACGCCUGUGCAAUGCCUUUGGAGACUUUUGCCUUCACGAGACGUUUGGAGACUUUUGUCUCCACGGAUUUGGUACAGAAUAGUGAGAAAUUCAGCGUAACUCUAGAUGAAGGGACUGAUCGAUUUAAAACCAAGGAGCUAACUUUCAUGAUGUUAACACCGCUCACAGCUUUCUUCGAUGAGAGAUUUGCACGUACUUAUUGUUCUCCGUUCAUUUUUGUGAAUUAUGGUACUGAUGUAAUUAUUGAUUUGAGUCAUCAACAGAAUCCACACUCUCCGGUGCUGAUUGAAAAAAUGGCCUCUGGAAAUCGUAUGCCAGAAAAUUAUCAGACCGCCACACCGAUCAUAAAAAUACCGCUUACUGACACGCUCAACCUUCCGUUAUCGCAGCAAGGUAAGCCGUGUGGCUUUUUCGAGGCGCAAUUCUUUCGUUGUUUGGAGGCAUAUGGUGCAAAAUUGGGACGCAAAUAUUGCGACAUAGAACAUCGCGACUACAACGAGUGUCUUACCGGUGAUAAGCAGGUUUUAUUUUACUAUCAUAACAUCUUGACGAGUUUCACUAUCAUCAAUAACAAUUUGCAGCGUAAGAGAAUCGAAGCGAUUCGCAAUGAAAGGCGUAAGAAGUUCCUGAAAGGUGAACUGCCUAAAGCUUUUCUUGAAGAUCAUCCGCAACCCGGUGAAUAUAAAUCGGAUUACUUCUCAUAUAAUCGUGUUCAUUAG